AUGGAGAGUGGUUCAGAGAUAAGGUCUGCCAUUGAAGAGCUAUCCAUGGUGGUGGUCAAAGUUAUACCUGGUGGCGAUGAUCAGAGUGUUGCCCAUAUCCCCGCCAAGCCUUUUCUAUCGCUCUGCGACUUGAUCAUUCAAAGAUUGGAAAAGUUUCAAGAAUCUGAUCCUGCACUAUACUCAAAUAUGGUUGAGAUUUUGAAGAAAGAGGCCAGUGAAGGUAAUGCAAGAAAAAGAACCAGCUGUAGUAGUGCCAUUGUUUGGCUUACAAGAUCCAUGGACUUCACAGUAGCUUUGUUGCAAUUAUUAGUGAAGGAUUUUGACCUAAAUAUGGAACAAGCAGUGCAAGAGUCAUACAACAUCACUCUAAAACCAUGGCAUGGAUGGAUUUGUUCCACUGCUUACAGAGUAGCACUUAAACUAUUGCCUGAUAACAAAACUUUAGUUUCCACCCUCAUGGCCAAAGAUGAAGACUAUGAAAAACUCAAAGGGGAAAUGCAAGCACUGAUUUCAUUAAUUGUACCUCUCCUAGAAGAUAUCCACUCUAUUCUGAUUACAAGUUCCUGUGGCUAUGUUCUUGUCUAUUUUUUUGCAGAUAAGAUAGGGCCAACACUGACUGUGCUGAGACAAGACAUACAUCAAAACAUCCAGAGAUUGGAAAAGUUUCAAGAAUCUGAUCCUGCACUAUACUCAAAUAUGGUUGAGAUUUUGAAGAAAGAGGCCAGUGAAGGUAAUGCAAGAAAAAGAACCAGCUGUAGUAGUGCCAUUGUUUGGCUUACAAGAUCCAUGGACUUCACAGUAGCUUUGUUGCAAUUAUUAGUGAAGGAUUUUGACCUAAAUAUGGAACAAGCAGUGCAAGAGUCAUACAACAUCACUCUAAAACCAUGGCAUGGAUGGAUUUGUUCCACUGCUUACAGAGUAGCACUUAAACUAUUGCCUGAUAACAAAACUUUAGUUUCCACCCUCAUGGCCAAAGAUGAAGACUAUGAAAAACUCAAAGGGGAAAUGCAAGCACUGAUUUCAUUAAUUGUACCUCUCCUAGAAGAUAUCCACUCUAUUCUGAGAUUGGAAAAGUUUCAAGAAUCUGAUCCUGCACUAUACUCAAAUAUGGUUGAGAUUUUGAAGAAAGAGACCAGUGAAGGUAAUGCAAGAAAAAGAACCAGCUGUAGUAGUGCCAUUGUUUGGCUUACAAGAUCCAUGGACUUCACAGUAGCUUUGUUGCAAUUAUUAGUGAAGGAUUUUGACCUAAAUAUGGAACAAGCAGUGCAAGAGUCAUACAACAUCACUCUAAAACCAUGGCAUGGAUGGAUUUGUUCCACUGCUUACAGAGUAGCACUUAAACUAUUGCCUGAUAACAAAACUUUAGUUUCCACCCUCAUGGCCAAAGAUGAAGACUAUGAAAAACUCAAAGGGGAAAUGCAAGCACUGAUUUCAUUAAUUGUACCUCUCCUAGAAGAUAUCCACUCUAUUCUGGGCGCCCCUGGGAAAGUAUCCACGUUUUCUAGAUCCAUGGACUUCACAGUAGCUUUGUUGCAAUUAUUAGUGAAGGAUUUUGACCUAAAUAUGGAACAAGCAGUGCAAGAGUCAUACAACAUCACUCUAAAACCAUGGCAUGGAUGGAUUUGUUCCACUGCUUACAGAGUAGCACUUAAACUAUUGCCUGAUAACAAAACUUUAGUUUCCACCCUCAUGGCCAAAGAUGAAGACUAUGAAAAACUCAAAGGGGAAAUGCAAGCACUGAUUUCAUUAAUUUUACCUCUCCUAGAAGAUAUCCACUCUAUUCUGAGAACAUAUGGCUUGGAUAGGUUGAAGUCUAUUUGA